GCCCAAUCCCGGCCCGGGGACGGCGCACCCCGCCGCUCUGCCGCCAGCCCUGCCGGUUCGCACCCCGCGCCGUGCCCGCAGGACACUGCGAUCUGAUCUUGUGCUGCGGGCAGUCUUGGCACAGGCAGAACAGCAUCCAGACCCACUGUACGUUGGGGCUUCUACCAGUGAGAGAAUUGUGGUUGUUGCUUCAGAGGUGGCUCUGCUAAUUUUGGACAAGUGGCUCACUGACCCUGAUGUUUUCAGGCUGGGACUCGUAAGUUGGUGUAGCCAGGCUCAGGAUGACACAGUGCUUUGGGGGGACCUGUGCCCUGUGCUGACUCACUUCGCUGUAGAGGACACGCCAAGAAAUGCCAGGAGGUGACUUCUCCCCAUUCUAGCUCUGGAUGUGCACUGCAUCGCUUUGGGGACAAAACUACGACUGGAUGACGGCUGAGGAUGUGCUAUGGAGCCAGGGUUCAACUGCUCUGAGCUCUGUGAUGGCAGCUCCAGUUUUGGCAGCCAGGAGCAGCAGCAGCGAGCACUGCAGGAGCUCUGCACUGUCACAUUGACAUCUUCUGACCACAGUGGGAAGAGCUCCCCGUCCUUCUCCACGGCUCUCCUGGGAGUUGUGUGGACAUUGCUGACUGGAGGAGUCCUGCUAGCACUCUUCUUUCUUGUCUUCACGAUUCGCUUCAGGAAAAAUAGGAGCAGAGCCUGCCAUCCGGAGACUUGGUGGGAAAGCUUAUUCAGCUUUUUAGUAUCCGAUAAGACCUACCAGAAGACUGCAGACACAUCCCCACCUAUCUUUAUGGCAUCCCUGGAUGGGAGGGAGGCUGCGGGGCAUCCCUGCAAGCCCCAUGGCUGCCCCUUUAGCUCCCUUGCUCUGCCCCGCUGGCAGGUGCGGCUCUGCCUGCUGUGUGUGGGGACCUCCCUGGUAUUUGGCCCUGUCCUAGGGAAAAGCUGGCGGCUCUACAAGGUCUUCACCCAGCGGGUGCCGGACAAGCGAGUGAUUAUCAAAGACCUCCAGUUGCUGGCGAUGGUGGCAGCGUUGGUGCUGGCAGAUGCUGUAUUGCUCUUGACAUGGGUGUUCUCUGAUCCAGUCCAGUGUUUCCGAAGCCUCAGUGUCUCACUGCGGGUGACAGAGAAAGGCAUGACCUGCUCAGUGAGCCGGGUGCAGUCCUGCGCAUCUCUUUAUUCUGAUCUUUGGCUUGUUCUCAUUUUAGGGUUUAAGAGUAUCCUCCUACUGUAUGGGACCUACUUGGCUGGUCUGACCGAUAAUGUCAGCUCCCCACCAGUCAACCAGUCGUUGACGCUCAUCGUUGGGGUCAACCUUGUUUUCCUGGCUGCUGGCACUGUCUGCUUAGUCCACCGCUUCUUUCGCACUUGGGACAACUUGCUGUUUGGUUUUACCUCUGGAGGCAUCUUCGUGUGUACAACGAUGAUCAACUGCUUCAUCUUUGUCCCACAGCUCAAGCAGUGGAAAGCCUUUGAAGAAGAAAGCCAAACUAUGAGCCACAUGGCAAAAUAUUUCACCAGCCCAAGCAGGAGCUGCCGCUCAGUGUACAGUGAGGAACAGCUCUACCAGCUGAUAGGGGAGAAAAAUGCCAUGAAGCGGCUGCUCACUGAGAAAAAUGCCAUGAUUGAAAGCCUGCAGGAGCAAGUGAGCUGCGCCAAGGAGAAGCUGAUGAGGCUGAUGUCUGCGGAGAGCAGCUGCGACCCCCUGCCACUGACAGCAAUUCCCUGCAGCCAGAGCUCAGGGUGGCAUGGGGAUGCACCAGAGGACCGCUGCCCCACAAAUCCAGAGCAGGGUGGGUGGCAGCCUCCUCCACACUUGCUGGGUAUGCCACCUCCUUGCAGUGAUGCUCAAGACUUGCAGAAACAUGCAACCCAUCAGCCUGCUUGCUCUCAGGCACUGCUUUUUGACAUAGGGAACAGCCUUGAACAUAGCCCAAAAGAUGAGCAUGGGACACCUGUGGGGCAGGAGCAGCCUCCAGAGCAGCUACCAGGCCAGGAUGCCUCAGCUGGCAUGGCCUGGGAGUCAUCUCCCAAAAUCAGCUACGUCAGCAGUGAGAAGCUGCGGGAAAUCUUGGAAGAACUGAGCCUGGAUGGCAAACUCUACAGCCCAGCCUUACGUGAGAGGAGCCCACGCAGCCAGGGCCCUCAAGGAGAGCAGAGAGGAACGUGGAGGGGCCAGGAGGGCUACCCAUACAUCCACAUGCCUCUCAGUCCCUACCUGGCGAGGCGGCGACGAAGGAUCCCACUGCCUCCUGCCUCCACCCGCUUCCCUGGGCAUGUAUCUCCUCACACCGGCUGUGGGGUGAAGGAAGCGAGUGGCUGGGGCUGUGAGGAGUCAGCACGUUUCUCCUUGGGGAGGGAAGGGGAAGUGGCUGGUGGAGGACUCCUUCACUCACCAGCAUUGUCCCCUCCAGUCAUCCCUGGGGAGGUCUGCCUCCAGCCAGAGGGUUGGUCAGAGUGGCCAGAGUCCCAGGGUGCUUCCCCGUGCCUCCCGCAGGAGCAGCAGCGACGGCAGGGUGCUCCAAGGGGACCCGCUGAACCCUCCCUGCGCUCACUGUAUUAUUACCCGGACUCUGACUCCAGCAGCAGCACCAGCUCUGAGGAGAUGUUCCAUGGCUGCCACCGGCCCUGCUGUGAAGUCUGCUUCCAGAGCCCACGUGGCUCCCUGGCCAGCAGUAGCACGGACACGGACACAGAGCCCAGCGAGUGCAUGGGCCAUCGGACAGAGCACCACAAUGGGCUCCAGCCUGUGGUGAAUUUUAAAGAAGAUCUGAAACCCACCUUUGUGUGACUGCAGGCACACCCUGCCCCAAAGGUUCUGAGGACAAUCACCACCAUUAACUCCUGGCUGCAAAUUAAAGAUGCUCAGUUCAUAGGUAAGGUAUACAACAACCAUGCAAGUUCAGUUCUGUGGCUGAUGUAUGUACAAUGACCAUUGCUGGCUCUAUUCAAUCAUUUUGCUAUAUGUUGUGCACUGCAGAACAAUCGUUACUCUCUGCAGACAUAAGUGUAUUAUACUCCCCAUAGUUUGCCUUGUGAAUAUUGAGAAUGCUCCUAAUCCACCAAGCGCUGUUGUUCCUUUUCCUCCUUAGGGAGCUGGCCGUCCUGGGCAGACCCAUAUCCAUGCAAUUAUUUUCAGCCAGGGUAAAAGCAGCUGCAACAGCAAGAGCUGGAUGAGCAUUUCAUUGCAGCUAAAGAUGGCAAUUUUGGUCUGCAGGGAGCCCUUGCAGCAAGCACAGCAUCCCAGGCAGGCUCCACAAGGCAUUAUGCUGCUUUCUUUGCUUCUUUGACAAUGCAGAUGUCUAUUCCCAAUGGCCCUUUCUCCUUCUGCUGGCACCUCACACUGCAUGCAAUGCUUUCUUUCUGAAAAUUAUUUCAAUAGGAACUAGUGAAUCCUCUUCCUGUAUUUAUAAGAAGGCAGAGGUAUCCUCAUCACCCUAGUGCAACAUUCCACAGCUGCCUGAAGGAGGAAGUGGAGAAAAAUUUCUUCUGUUGGCUAUUGUAGGUCACUGUGACAGCUUGGAAACAGCCUGAGUCGUCUACCCUGCCCAAGACCCAGCCAAAGACUAGUUCUGCUCCCCUGUCUCAAGUUAAAGCUUGCUAGCUCUGCAAGAUUUUCAUGAAUGGACUGAAGGCCUCAGGGAUCAGGCUGGCUUUAACUCUCUUUAUUUAGAAAGUCUCCUCAACAGCCAGUUUGGAAAUAAAUUGGGAAGGCAGGGACAUAGAGAACAUGGGACAUUUAUGGGCCUUUACACCAAUAGUGCAGAACAGAGAGCCCCAGUAAACUCUGGGGGAGGGGGUCACUUUAAUUUCCUGCUGUAAGAAUGACCCAUUUGCUCCUUGGUAUUCCCUUUUCAGAAACAGACAGACCUGCUGACAGCAGGGGAAAAUACAAAUAAUAAGCAAAUGGGUAUCAAUCUUGAGCUGCUUGACAGAACCUAAUGUGAUGGUACACACAGAGGAGCCCAAUAAUUUUCUAGAUUUGAACCUUUUCACGAGUCUAAGGAAACAGGCAUAGUUUUUGCUUUCCAGAAAACAAGUGCCUGGAAGGAAAGCUGGGGAGGGGCUCUUUAUCAAGGAGUGCAGGGGUAGCACGAGGAGUAAUGGUUUUAAGCUGAAAGAGGGGAGAAUGAGAUUAGAUAUUAGGAAGAAACGUUUUCCUGUGUGGGUGGUGAGGCCCUGGCACAGGCUGCCCAGAGAAGUCGUGGACACCCCAUUCCUGGAGGUGUUCAAGGCCAGAUUGGAUGAGGCUCUGAGCAACUUGAUCCAGUGGGAGGUGUCCCUGCCCAUGGAAUGGAAGGUUGGAACUGAGUGAUCUUUAAGGUGCCUUCUGACCCAAACCAUUCUAACCAUUCUACAAUUCUAUGAAGACUUGUCAAAGGCUCAUCAGACCAACAGAGCUUCCCUGGCUCUGUACAUGGUAGUUUUCUGGAGUUAUUUAUGAAGAACGUGUGGUCAGACAAAUGCUGGAGCAAGGGAAACUGCCCAACUGAACAAGAUGUUCUCCUGGCACAGUGAGAAACCUGAUGCCUCUUUCAAGAGCCAGUGGAUAAGAUCAACUUUAAACCUAUGCAGAACUUCAGUGAGGACUUCCUCAGAAGGAGACAUUUAUCUGCUUAGAGAGUCACUGAUGUUUCUGUGUGUUGCAGUGUUGCCAUGAACCUGUAUUUGGUGUCUUCACUUGUUCUGCUAUGGUGCAAAACUGGGAAACAGAAGUUCUCUGUAGCUCCUGUUACAUUAAAACAUUGGGAUCACUUGGCUCUAUUGGUUUUGGCAAACUUACUUGGAGUCUUGCAAGGCCUAGGUGCACCCACACACAUCCAGAUCAGCAAAACAUCAGCUGUUCUCUGAAGCAAUUGUUGGUGAUGACAUAUUUUGUGACAGGAAAUCAUUGCAAAAUGCUGGGUUCUCAAGAUUAAAAACUUCUGUCCUGCUCAGAAAAACAAAUGCAACUGGUAUGUUCUAAACAUGGAUUCCUUCAGAUUUUGUUCUGGGACAAAAAUCAAAACCACUUUUCAGGAUUUAUUGUCUAAUCAUUAACACCUGGGCAGUUGGUAAAUUUGUUACUGUUUCAAUCUCUGAUUUUCUGCUGGAAAAAAAAAAGAGGAAAGUUAAAGUUCAACCAUAACCAUUGAGUCUGCACAUGCCAAUCAAACAACAGACAAGCCAUUACAACAUCUCACUGAAUUAUUCCACGGAUAAUUCCCUUGGCAAUAUAAAGGAAUUAGAUGCAAGACUGAUAGAUCCAUUAAUAAAAUUUUGAUUCACCAGCAUAACAAUGCUCAAACCAGCCUUGAAUGAUUGCAUCCUUAUCAGGCUAGAGGAGGUAGCUCUCUCAGAACAACCCCCCAUAAGAGCUGCAAGGUAAGUGAACAGAAAAUCUUCCCACUGAUCACCCGUGAAGGAAGCAAUGGAGAAAGGAAAAACAGGAGUUCCCUGUGCAGGAACUUGUCUACUGCUGCAUGUUGGAGCAGACCUAUUCAGCAUUUGGUUUAAGUGACUGGAUGUGAAGUUUAUGGUAAUAUGUUCAUGUGAUAUGUAAACAGAAAAUGAAAACCUCUAAAAAAAAAAAAAACCUCAAAAGCACCUUUCCUCCUCUUCCACUGAGUUCCUUAAAGCUUUGUUCUACCCAGAAAGAGUUCUGAUUUUCCAAUUCACUGCCACCUUAUGGUAUUUCAGAGAGACAACACUUCAGUAAUUUCUAUGGGAUGCUUCAUAUUUUCAGGCAGCCUCUCUGGGAACUUGAUACUGCAGAAACACAGCAGCUGAAAAACUGCCCCUUGCAUCCAGAUUUGGAACAAUAUUAACGCUGGAUUAUAUUUGCUUGUGAAAACUGAUGAUUAAAACGUCUAUUCUAUCUAUAUUUGCAGAUCCUAAAGGGAGGUCACUUCAUCAGCCAAGGCGCCAAAAAUAAAUAAGAAGUUUGCAAUUUUGUCGAAAGAUACUCUUUCAGUCUGAAAAAUAACUACCUCACUCAUGAUUCUCCCAAAUGAUUUUCUCAGUCCAUUUUUGAAAUUGAGGAUGAAAGCUUAACAAAUGCCCUUGUCAUGUGUUUAGCGCUUGUCAGAGAGUAGUCUUAGCUAAAGAAAGAUCUAUGAAAAGAUUAAGAAAUUGGAAAUGCUUUAUAGUUUUCCAUCCCUUCUACUAAAUAACAAUCCUCCUCUAAGCACACCUGUGUGGUUUCCUGGUAGAGGAGAAGACACUGGGACGUGAAUGGACAGGCUUUGGAGAGUAGAUUGGUUAAUUAUUACUUGGAAAUGUGGGCAGGAUUGCCUAAUAGGAAAUAGAACAGCUGGGAUUUUUGUAGUGUGCAUUCCUCAAGUGGAUGGGUAGGCUGGGUAUUCAGAAAAUCGAGAUUAGCGGUAACUGAGAGUUUUAGGUUAGAUAGGGAUUGUUUUUAGGGCGAUUGUAGGCAAAGGUUGUAGCAUAUGCAGGAGGACAAGCACAAAGCUGUUCUCUUGAGGUAGCUUUGUUCUUUCUAAGUGAACAAAAUUGAUUUCCCAUUUGUAUUAUCAGGUUGGUGACACAUUAUAAAGCUUUAAGGGACAUGUUUCAAACAGACACUGUCAGUAUAAAUGAUGCAUUGGUCUGAUUUUUAUUUACUACUAUUCAAAGCGACAACAACUGCUAAAAGCAAAGAGCUCACCCUCCCCCAUCUGCUGUUUUUCAGACUGACAACUCUUCCAAGUGACAAAGCUCAGUUGUCUCACAAUAGUUUCAAGCUGGAAUGUCUGGUGGUGCAUUUCAGGUGGAGGAGAAGAUACGUGACUGCCUAGUUGCAUCUUCAUUUUGUCUUUUUUAUGCAAGAACACUCUUUAGAGGACUAACCAAUCCUGUAGCCCUAACUAUUGACAACUAGUUGAGGCUGGGGUCAACAGCUAUACCAAAACAGGAGAGAAGAAGUAAUUUUUGUGAUUGGCGGCUUAUUGAGACUGUGUCUCAGCAACAUUUGAGCCAGUGGUGUCUCAGAGGGGAGCUGGAAUGAUGAGCACGGUGGGGUGGUUAGGGGUGGCUGCAAUACCGCUUUGGUACUGUCAUUUCAGACUGUCUCUUUUACUCUUUGUUAGGGCACACCACCCUUAACUGUCAGGUUUCUAGCUGUACAGAGCUGCACAGGUAGCUCAUGAUGAAUCAAACUUAAACAAUCCCACAUCCUUUGUAGUAAGUGAAACCACUCAUCAUUUAUCAGGCAGAGGAAGAAAGAUUUCCAGCAAACCGAGCACCCUGGGGCGAGCAAAGUGCUGAACAGGACCAUUUUGAGAGACUAGAUUUGUUUUCUGCUUUAGAAAACAGCUCUUGUAAAGGAUAAAUUUUAGCUGCCUUUGGCCAGGUCUUUGUUUGCUCACAUAGAAUGUCUUUCAGAAUGAGACUGAAAAAAAAAAAAAAGGAGAUCUGGCAAUAUUUUGAUGCUUUGAAAAGAAAGCAGCAGCUCUUAGUUAGACGCUAAUACUGGCAAAAAAAAAAAAAGUGUUUCUGCUAGUCUAAGUUAUUUUGUUUGUGUUACAAAAUAUUCUGGCAAGAACACUUUUUUUUUUAAUGGCAUAAGCAAGUGGUGCUCAGUUUUGCUGAGAUCUGACGAGUAAUUUUACUGAGGUCACAGCACGGAGCAGUGCUGGUGCUCCCUCACCAGGGCUGGGAACUGAUGCCCCUGGGGAUGCUCCAGAGCUCUGAAGAAGUACAGACUCUUCCAGAACAGUGCCUGGGACUCUGGCCAGGGCCAAGCAAAAUCCAGCCGUGGUAGCAUUGAGAUGUGGAAAUAAGGGCCAGUUUAGUGGCUCUGAUACAAAUUGUGUUUCUUAUAAAGAGGUCCUGCGGAUAACACCUGAAUUUGGAGAUCUUUAUAAGAGUCUUGAUGUUCUUUUCCUGUUGCUUGGCUCAGUUUCUGCCAAACAGCUUUACCAUCACUUCACGUGCCAUCUCUGUGACUUCCAGCACAUCGUUGUCAUAUUUUUUAACAAGUCACCUCACCACUGUGCUACCUUUUUCCCCCAGCAGCUGAGUCUUCCCAACCACUACACCAAAGGCCUACAAACAGAAUCACAGAAUGGUUGGGGUUGGAGGGGGCCUCUGGAGAUCAUCUAGUCCAACGCCCCUGCUAAAGCAGGUUCAUCUACAGCAGGUUGCAACUGAUCUGGUGAAGGGUCUGGAGCACAAGUCUUAUGAUGAGUGGCUGAGGGAACUGGAAUUGUUUAGUCUGGAGAAGAGGAGGCUAACUGGAGACCUUUUUGCUGAACAUGAGCCAGCUGUGUGCCCAGGUAGCUAAGGCAAACAGCAUCCUAGCUUGUAUCAGAAAUAGUGUAGCCAGCAAGACUACAUCAUCGCCCUGUUCUUGGCGCUGGUGAGGUCACACCUAGAAUCCUGUGUGUAGUUUUGGGCCCAUCACUAGAAGCAGGACGUUGAGGUGCUGCAGUGUGUCCAAAGAAGAGCAAUGAAGCUGGUGAAGGAUCUGGAGCAGAAGUCUUAUGAGGAGCAGCUGAGGGAACUCAGGUUGUUUAGCCUAGAGAAAAAGAGGCUGAGAGGAGACCUUAUCACUCUCUACCACUGCCUAAAAAGAGGCUGUAACUGGGUGGGUGCUGGUUUCUUCUCCCAAGUAACAGUUGAUAGGACAAGAGGAAAUGGCCUCAAGUUGUGCCAGGGGAGGUUUAGAUUGGAUAUUAGGAAAAAAUUAUUUACUGAAAGAGUGGUGAAGCAUUGGAACAGGCUGCCCAGGGGAGUGAUGGAGUCUUCACCCCUAGAGGUGUUCAAAAGAGACAUAGACAUGGCACUUCGUGACACGGUUUAGGGGGAACGGUGGUGUUGGUCUGACGGUUGGACUGGAUGAUCUUAGAGUUCUUUUCCAACCUAAAUGAUUCUAUGACUUCCAUGAUCAUCUAGUCCACCCCCCAUAGGUGGACAGGGUGGCAGGUUCACCUAGAGCAAGCUACACAGGAAGAAGUCCAGGUGGGUUUUGAAUAUCUGCAGAAACCACACAGCCUCCUGAGGUAGCUUCUUCCAGUGCUCUGUUGUCUUCACAGUCAAGAAUUUUUUCCUUAUGAUCAGGUGGAGCUCCCUGCAUUUCAGUUUGUGCCCGUUGCCUCUUGAACACUGUAUGCACCAGCAACAGCCAGUUCAACGUCUUUGCCUUUCCCAACUUGAUGAGACACUCGGGGCAGGCCCACAGGAACUGAGUCCCUGCUGGUUUUAGGCACAAAUCCUGUGUCAUGGUAUUAGCCCUUGUCUGGAUAAAUUUCAGUAGUUAAAACUGAGCAGUUGGGCUCCCAAAUUCAACCCUCUCAAAGGAAAGGGGAAAGGGAAAUGAGAGGAAAAAGACUUGCAGGUUGGAAACUAAACUACAGCUUUAAUUAAAUUAUAAGAACAAUAAUGAUGAAAGUAAUUACAAAGUGAUAAAAUAUAUACAAAUACAUGAGUUUGCACCCCCACCCCUCAAUGACUCUACGUUGCCACAGAUGCUGCAGAGCAAACAUAAGGGAAUUGGUAGCGGACUGAGCUCUGGAAGUGAAUUCAGGAACACAGAGAUCUGGGAUCAGGAGCAACCAGACAGAUCAGGUCCUCACUGGACGUCAGCCAUCGCAGAAGAGGGUGAGACCCUUGUGAUCUCUCAGUUUUAUACAUAGUAUGACGUAUAUGGAAUGGAAUGCUCUGUUUGUUGAUUUAGGGUCACCUGCUCUAUUCGCCCCUCACAGGUGGGAUCCCCUUCUGCCAGCUCGAGAACGGCCUUGGUUAAGCAUUUGCAUUGUCCUUCAUACAUACCAAUGCCAUGUGUUAUCGCUUUGGGAGAAGAACAUUCAAAAACAUGCAGUUAGCUUUCAUAGAACAAAGUUACUUAGAAUGCCUGAGAUGGGAGUCAGAACCUGACACCGAAAAUGCUGGCAAAUAAACUCUUUAAGACUUGUUCUGGAGUUUUAGAAAGCGAGCAUCCUUUAUCAGUGCUGGGCAACAUGAGGAAUGAUCUCUGUCAAUCGUGUGCAGCCAGACAGGAGCUGGGACAGAGCAGAUUUCCCUAUUACAUGCGGGUGGAUAAAUUUUCCCAGAAAAAUUAUGCAUAUUCUAUUACUUUCCAAGGUCUAAUUUUAAUGUUAUCAUACACUUCACAACAGCCAAAUCUCUUGCUAAUUUGGAGCUUUGGAGCCAGCUCUGCCUGACCUUGCAUUUGAGCCAGGGAAAGGCUGCAAACAGAGGGGAUUGCAGAGGAAGAGACACCUGUUCAGCACAGACCACACUGAGCACAAUGCAUUGUCAUCUGCAGAGAAUGAGCAGUGUCUGGGAAAACACUGUUUGAAAGAAAACACUGGAAGAAAACAUGCUAUCAGAGGGACAUUGUCUAACUUUCAAAAAAUACAAUUGCUUCAAUGCUGGAGAGGGACUGUUUACAAAGACUUGUAGGGACAGGAUUAGGGGUAAUGGGUAUGGACUGGAGAGGGGCAGAUUCAGACUAGAUAUUAGGAAGAAUUUCUUCACAAUGAGAAUGGUGAGGCACUGGCACAGGUUGCCCAGGGAACUCGUGGCUGCCCCAUCCCUGGAGGUAUUCAAGGCCAGGUUGGAUGGGACCUGAGCAGCCUGAUCUAGUGGGAAGUGUCUCUGCCAAUGGCAGGGAGGUUGGAACUGGAUGGUCUUUGAGGUCCCUUCCAACCCAAACUAUUCUAUGAUUUUAUGAAACUUAACUCUGCUUUAGCUUAAAUUAAAAAUAUUCCACUUUUUGUAAUAAUCAUUUCUUGUCUCAAACUGACUCUAAUUUAGCUCAAACCACAACACCAUGUGGUUCAGUGUCCAUUCCUGGAGGGAUAUAAAAGGCGGGUUGAUGAAGUGCUUAUGGAUCUGGUUUAAUAGCAGACAGGUACAGUUGGGCUUGAUGAUCUCCAAAGUCUUUUCCAACCUAGUGAGUCUAUUUUGGGGGCAUUCAAUGCGGAGAAGGACUUGGGGGUGCUCUUUGAUGAGAAGCUUGACAUGUAUGUGCUCACAGCCCAGAAGGGUAACUGUGUCCUGGGCUGCAUCAAAAGAAGUGUGGCCGGAAGGGUGAGGGAGGUGAUUCUGCCCCUCUAUUCCUCUCUUGUGAGACCUCAUCUGGAAUACUGUGUCCAGUUCUGGAAUCCUCAACAUAAGAAGGAUAUGGGGCUGUUGAAGCAGGUCCAGAGAGGAGGGCUACAAAGAUGAUCAGAGGGUUGGAGCAUCCCCCAUAUAAGGACAGACUGAGAGAGUUAGGCUUGUUCAGCCUGGAGAAGGCUCGAGGAAAACCUUAUAGCGACCUUCCAGUACCUGAAAGGGGCUACAAGAAAGCUGAGAGGGACUGUUCACAAAGGCUUGUAGUGACAGGAUGAAGGGCAAUGGGUAUAAACUGGAGAGGAGCAGACUUAGACUGGACAUAAGGAGCAACUUCUUCAUGAUGAGGGUGGUGAGCCACUGGCACAGGUUGCCCACGGAAGCUGUGGAUGCCCUGUAACUGGAAAUGUUCAAGGCCAGGCUGGAUGAGGCCUUGGACAACCGGAUCGGCUGGGAGACAUCCCUGCCAGUGGCAGCAGGGUUGGAACUAGAUGAUCUUUAAGGUCCCUCCCAACCCGACCCAUCCACUGACUCCCUGUCUGGGGGCGGUGCCAGGUCCCCCGGGGGCGGGGGAGGCGCCGCGCGCCCGAUGAGGUCACAAGGGCGAUCGGCCCCGCCCCGGUGGGGGGAGCGGGCGGUGCCGCGCUCAGCGAUUGGCCCGCGGCACAGAGCUGGCGCGCGGGCUCCGGGCCGCCUCACGGCCGCCAGCCAAUCGCGGCCCUCCUCCCCUCCCCUCGCCCAGCGACAGCCAAUCGCGGCCCGAAGCUGGCCUCCCAUUGGCUCCGGCGCUUCCGCUCUCUUCGGGUUGGCUCGACGAUAGCCGGAAGAGAGGAGGCUCCUUCCCAUUGGCUCCCCCAUCGCGCUGCUAGGGCGGUGGCGGCGCCUUCCCAUUGGCCCCCAGUGGGGGGGGCUUCGGGAAGACUCGGCCGCGCCCCCCAUUGGCUGCUACCGCUUACGGGCGUUUCCGUAAUGCCUCCGCGAUUGGUCCCGAGGACGCUCGGGUGUUUCCGUACAGCCUCGGGGCUGUGACGGGCGGGGGAGCGGGUGCGCCGCUCGCGCCGGCAGGGUAUUCACAGAGAGCGGUUAAGGCCGUUGCGCAGCGUAGGGCGGCGGCGCGCAUAGGCGACUGCGCGGCUUUGGCGCACGCAGAGCGCGCAGCGGCAGGAGCCCCGGCACGCAGCGGAGGCAGCAGCAGGGACAAAGGGACCGCUCGGCAGGAACGGGGAGGGGGGCCCGGCGGGGACGCAGCAGGCGCCGGGAGAGAGCGGCGAGGAGGCUUCAGCCCGAACGGGCGAGUCCCAUGUGCCUUGGACUCCCCGGGAAGCGGCAGCAGCAACAGCAACGACCGUCGCCGCCAGCGCUCUGAAAGCCGGCUUGAGGAGGAGCCGCCGCCGCCGCCAUGGCCUGUGCCGCCGGCCGCCGCCCGCAGUGCGGCCUCGCCCGCCUGAGCCGCCGCCAGCAGCCCGUGCAGGCGCAAUGAGGAGCCGCGCCGGAGCCACCGCCUCAGCGCCGCGAUAAAAGAACGACGAGAAACCUUGAGGGAGGCCAUCCGGGCCGCUUCACCCCUUUCCUCCUCCCGCUGCGGAUCCCGCCGCCCGCUGCCGGAUCCUCUUGCGCUGGGCCGCGCCGCCGCCUCUUCUCGGCGGAGCCCCCGAGAUCCCUCCGCCGGGGAGGGAAGGGAGGGGGUAAAGAGAGAGAAGGGGGGGGGAAAAAAAAAAGGAAAAGAAAUAGUCCGCCUGCCCGCCGCUUCCCUGAGCGGCGAGGAAGCGGGGAGAGAGAUAAGAGAAAGGAGAGGAAGAAUAAGAAGAGUGGAUUAAAGGAAGGGGAAGAAAAGAGCCAGGCGGGGUCGGAGGGGCCGUACCGAGCGCCUCCGCCCCAUGUGACUGC